AUGUGGCUCGACCUGCAGUCCAAGGCGGCCGUCGCCAAGGACUCGGCCUCGGAGCACCAGGUCGAGGCCUUCACCUUCUACCGCACCAUCGCCCCCCUGGUCGCCAAGGCCAGCAACCGCUCCGGCCAGGCGCUCGACUUCUGGCUGUUCCCUGGCGUGCCUGUGGUCGAGGACGUGGACCUGAAGGCUGCCCGCGCCUUCUUCGACGCCUACAAGGGCCUGGGUGUCACCCCCGCCGACAUCGGUGUGUACGGCAAGAAGCAGCCCGAGCUCAAGUGCAAGGAGUACGUCGCGCCCCCGGGCAGCACCGGCAGCCUGCUCACUGUCACCCAGCCCAAGGACGAGCUGCGCCCCGCUGCGCCCAAGGGGGCCGCGCCGGCCAAGGGCGCCGCGGCCUCGCCCGCGGCCAAGCCCGCGGCCGCCAAGCCCGCAGCGGCGUCGCCGGCCGCCAAGCCCGCCGGCAAGAGGCGGUCCAUGUUCUUCUUCUGA